AUGUCUCCCUCCGCCACUGUUGAGUCCCACGGGGCUGACGAGACAGUUCUUGCUUUGCGCAAGGUUCUGACCAACGAGUCCGAGCCACUCGCUCGCCGCUUCCGUGCCCUCUUCUCUUUGAAGCAUUUAGCCUGCCUCGACCCUGCUACCGAACAAACUCUCCCGGCCAUCCAAGCAAUCGCAGCAGCGUUCGCAUCCAGCUCUGCCCUCCUCAAGCAUGAACUUGCAUAUUGUCUGGGUCAGACCCGUAACCGUGAUUCCGUGUCCUACCUGCAGCAGGUUGUGAAGGAUGUGGAGGAGGACGCCAUGUGCCGCCACGAGGCUGCUGAGGCUUUGGGUGCGCUGGGAUAUGCGGAGAGCUUGGAAAUUUUGAAGAGACUGCGCGAUGAUGAGAAUGAGGUCGAGAUCGUGCGGGAGACUUGUGAUAUUGCCGUUGAUCGGAUUGAAUGGGAGAACUCCGAGCAAAGAAAGGCUGAGAAGCUCAAGCCCAGCGAUUUCACAUCUAUUGACCCGGCCCCACCAAUGCCACUGAAGGCCAGUGAGCCAUCGAUUCCUGACCUGGAGCAGACUCUGCUCGAUACCAAGCUUCCUCUAUUCCAAAGAUAUCGCGCUAUGUUUGGCCUGCGAGAUCUCGCUUCUCCUCCCGAUCUCCCAACCGCAGUGGACGCCGUGAGGUCGCUCGCCAAGGGUUUGAAAGACCCAUCCGCCCUCUUCCGUCAUGAGGUUGCGUUCGUGUUUGGCCAGCUUUGCCAUCCGGCCUCGGUUCCGUAUCUCACCGAGUGCCUUGGCGACUUGAAAGAGGUUGGAAUGGUGCGUCACGAAGCAGCAGAGGCUCUUGGCAGUCUUGGUGAUGAGGAGGGUGUUGAGGACACAUUGAAGAGUUUCCUCAACGAUCCUGAGCAGGUCGUGCGCGACAGUGUUAUUGUAGCCCUCGACAUGGCAGAGUUUGAGAAGACCGGGGAGAUGGAGUAUGCGCUGAUUCCCGACCGAGCUACAGCUGCUGUCUCGGCGUGA